AUGUCCAACGAUUUACCCUGGCGGCUAUUGCCGGCCGAUGCGCCGGGCAUCCCCAAGCUCCUGGUCUCGGCCUCUUUCGCUGCUGACUCCUACAGCGUGCAUGUCACCGACCUAGCCAACAUCUGGGUUGAGACCAUGGAAAGGAGGGCCAUCAUUGGGCGGGGAAUGACAGAAGACACAAGCAUCGAUCCGAGCGACGGACCUGACCAGAUUCGCAAGAUGCUUGAACUCCUCCGAGCAUCGUUCGAUACUAGUGACCCUGAACAUCAUAACACGUCUCUUACCCUGGAAAAGGGUAGUGAUGGCGACUCGCUCGUUCUUCGCAUUACCUGCUUGCUGCCAAAACCUUUGAAGCCCUUGAAAUGGCCGAUGCAUCUGAAGAAAUGCCGGCAGUCGGCUGUUGCAACACAAGUUGUCCUCCCCUUGAUACAGGCACACGAAGCUCGAGUACGACAGAUCAACCAUCUUAUUGGACUGUUGCGCGAGAAGGAUCACGUCAUCGCCAGAGUGAUCGACAAGCUCGAGGCGACGGGAACGGGCUUGGAACACAUCUUCAAUGCGCUCUCCGGCAAGCGCAAGGUUACGAGAGCUCUCGCAGAGGAGAAGAUAAAGGGGCUUGCUCCAUUUGCCGAGGCCGAAUUUCGGAAGAAUGACGCAGAAUUGCGUUCAGUCACGCAAUCCGCCGAUGUCUCUGCGCUGCUUGAGGCUGCCUUCGGAGCCCCUGGCCUGCAGUAUACAUCGGAGUUGGAUUUGGAAGCAUCAGCCAUCCUCGAUGACUGGUGGACCAAAUUCGACAAGAGAAAACCCGUCAUUUUGUCUCACCGUUCAGAAACCAGAGAAGCAGAGAUUUCAGAUUCGCAGCAGGACAUCAAGACCAAGAAUGACGAUGACGACGAUGAUGACUUCCAAACACAGGAUACGCCGCCAGGUGUGCCGUCGGCCCGGGGACGGCGGGCCCAACUUGAAGCGGAUGACGACGAAACAUCAGACGGUGAAGACGUUGACGAAGCUCCAACUACCCCAGCUUCUGCGAGGAAACAAGGCGCGUUGAGCAGGGCUCCGGACUCUUCGAUCGGGAAGGAGCACCGACAUGCAAGGCCAUCUACGCCUCCACGCGCAGGUCCAGUCCGCAACGCAGCUUCCCAAAGGGACACAGCGACAGAUACCCACUCCGAAACGGCUUCCGAAGUAGACAGCGAUGAGAUACAGGCUUCCCCUCCUUCAGCUCGGAGGCAACCGCCCAAACGGGGAGGUCUGGGCCGUAUCGGCGGCAGGCCGAGACGAGAGCCAACACCCAAAGCGUCGACGCCUUCACCCCCUCCAGGUUCAGAAGACAAGCCCAGCCCAUUACCAAGGCGUCAUAAACUUGGGAUAAUUGGCAAGAAACAGACGACUCCGCCUUCUGAGACACCAUCGGCAGAUCAGACAGAGGAUGACCGAGGUAGAAACAAACGGGUUGUGUCCGAGACCAAGGAGCAGCCAGUGCGAGAGACUUCUCUGGAACGAGCCGACCGAAAACGGGCAGAGCUUCAGCGAGAUCUAGAGAAACGCGCAGCGGCCGGGCCGGCGAAGAAGAAGCGCAAGUUCUGA